AAAGUGUAUCAGUCCACAAGUUGAGUCCAUUUACAGAGUGAGAAACUUCAGCAGUCAUCUUUUUGGUAAGAAAUGAAGCCGUUUUGCGCUGUUUGUAUCCUGUUGCUUCUUACUCAUGAUCUUGCUCUCUUAUCAUCCAAAGGAAUGGCAUUGAAGUGUAACCUGUGUGUUUCCAAAGGGAAUGGGGACCCCUGCACUCCAUCAGUGCAGACAUGUCUUUCCCACAUGACGGCCUGUGGAAACAUCACAUUUAGAGCUGGUUUAACGGCUCCUCCUUCUAUCCGUUCCUGUAUAAGCAUGUCGGCCUGCUGGAGCUAUUUGCUCGCUCGAGAAGUGAAGGCUGUGUGCUGCAGGACUGACCUCUGCAACUGAGCCAACAAACAUGUAAUCAGUGCCAUUAAAGACUUACGCUUUAGCUGAAUUCUACCUUUCUGUAACCUUGGCAGUGUGAUUAUACGAAAUUGUACUGAACGCUUAAAGGCUCAGCAGGCAAAUGUAACAACGAAUUGCAACAAAAAUGUUACAAACAGUAAUGAUGAAUAACUUUUUGCAAGCAACAAUAAAAGCAGUCAAGAAGUGUCUAUAUUGUGUU